UGUAUAACCCGGAAAUACAGAUAGUGUUUUCAUGUCAGGGAAGACUGGGUUACAUUGAGCUCGCGUUUCCCCCCCACCCCCGAAAAGAAAUGGCAGGGUUGGGAAGUAAGAACAACCAAAAAAAGACAGCUGGAAAUCACGGUCCAGAUUUUGACGUGAACCCACAGACCCCAGUAUUACGUAUCAGCCAGCUGGAUGCCCUCGAGCUAGACUCAGCCCUUGAGCAGCUAGUAUGGACUCAGUUCUCCCUGUGCUUCCAAAAUUGCCGCCCAGGCUUGCUGACUCCUCUGGAGCCUGAACUGAGGCUUCUGCUUCAUCUGCUCCUAUGGAGGUUCACACUCUAUUCCAACAGUGCCACGGUGGGGCAGUCUUUACUGAGCCUGCGCUACCAUAGCAAAUUUUCCCUGUCUCCCCGUUACAGGCCUUUGUCCCCUAGGCAGAAGUUGGGACUGGCUGUUCUCACUGCAGGGCCCCGCUGGCUCCAGGAGCGUUCCCACAGCCUGCUGCCAUGCUUGGGUUUGAGUUCACAAGGAUCUGUGCCCGAAAGAGACAGUGGUUUGCUCCAGGAGGGUCUCCGCAAGGCCCUGACCCUUGUUUCUGGCAUUAUUAAGUUCACAAAUCUAAUCAACUUCCUUGGGUUCCUAAGGAGUGGCCGGCAUCCCAUUCUAGCUGAAAGAAUCACAGGAGCUCAGGCAGUUUUCAGUAAGCCCAAUGUGGCCAGGGAUGUAACCUACCAGUACAUGAACCGAGAACUGCUUUGGCAUGGCUUUGCGGAGUUCCUCAUCUUCCUGUUACCUCUGGUCAAUACAAAGAAACUGAAGGCAACGGUACUGUCUGUCCUUGGGGGGAAACCUGCUGGUGGGGAGGGAGCGAGGGAAGGACAAGAGUUGUGGAAAGAGUGUGGACUAUGCGGAGAGUGGCCAACCAUGCCUCAUACGGUAGGAUGCCAACAUGUCUUCUGCUACUACUGCGUUAAAAGUCACAGCAUUGCGGACCCUUACCUCACUUGUCCCAAGUGCGGGGCAGAAGCAGGGAACCCCACGCUGGUCAAGAUGGAGGUGGAGAUGAUUGGCAGGUCAUAAUUAUUUCAUGCUAUGAAGAAAUUUACUAUGAAACUGCAGGUGGCCUCCUUUUUUUUUUGUUUGGUCUUGUAUGAGUUGAUAACUGGACUUAUCUUUAUGAUGUCUUUGUCUUUUCUGAACACACAUCAGCCUGCGAUGUUUAAUGUAUAUGUGCAUAUAUUGACAGUCUGCUGCCCCUUCUGUUUUUCCGGCUGGACUUUGGAAGGAACUAUUUGUCUUUGGCGCACUGGACAGACUGCAGAGAACGACACAGAGCAUAUAUUUGAUGAGUGAACGUGUUGAUUUAUGCUCCAAAUUGGCUCUGUGCUGGCAUGGGUGUGUGUGUGUGUGUGUGUGUGUGUGUGUGUGUGUGUGUGUGUGUGUGUGUGUGUGUGUGUGUUUGUUGAAAUGGGAAUAUUUGUUCUGAUGAAAAAUGCAAAAAGUCAGCUGAAUAAAUAAUGGGAGGAAUUUCUGAUGUCU